AAGAGUUCCGCUGGCGGGAAUGUUUUCUGUUCUCAGAGUUGUUAUUCUAAUGAACACUUGAAAAUGUUGUUUAAUCCUGAAAAAGACACGAAAAAUGUUGGAAAACUAUUAACUGAACCGACAGAAUCAUCUGAUGCAGAUUAUGUUCGAACUGAUUGUAAAUAUGAAGAUUUAUCUGAAAGAUUUCGAGUGAAAUCUAAAAACUUCACAAGACAGUAUGCUCACCUGUAUGCUGAACGGUUGUGGAGUAUGAGGGACAAAGUAGUAGAUGCUGCUAAAACAAAGUGGGGAAAAGAUGUAAUUAUAAAGAAGUUGCAUGAGUUACAAAGUGAUGAAAAAUGUGUUAUAAUUGGUACUCUUUUUAAACACAUGGAACUUAGACCUAGUAUCCUCAAAGAAUUAAGUGAAGAGCACAAUUUGAUGCCUCAACCAAUUAAAUCGAAGUACACAGAUGUUAAUGAUAAAUUGAUCCUUGAAGAUGAGUUACAACGAAUUUUAUUAAUUGGAAAACUGAAUAUACAGACAUCAGUGACAGGUGUUAUUGUUGCAUUGUAUGGUGUAGAACCAGACGACAACAGAGGAAAGUUCCAUGUGGAGGAUUUCUGUUACCAACAGUUACCAGAACAAAUACCUAGACCUAUGUUUGAACAUGACAGGUUUAUAGCUCUCAUUUCUGGUUUAGAAGUAGGAGGAAAAGAUGAAAAGUCUUUUCCGUUACAACUUAUGGUUGACAUGGUAACAGGUCAGGUGGGAGAUAUUGACCAACAAAAGUCCUCAUCUAGUAUUGUACGUGUAAUAGUAGCAGGAAAUUCACUCAGCCAGGAUACACAAGAUAAAGAGAGUUUACAAAAGGCCAAAUAUUUAACAAAGAAAUCUGAAGCAGCGAGUGUUGAGGCAGUUAAAACGUUGGAUGAUGUUUUCUUUCAACUAUCUGGUAGUGUUGACGUAGAUGUUAUGGCAGGAGAAUAUGAUCCUACAAAUUUUACAAUACCUCAACAACCUUUACACAAAUGUAUGUUUGCUCAGGCAUCUAGAUUUCCAACAUUUAAAACAGUCACCAAUCCAUACGAUUGUCAUGUAGAAGGAGUCAGAGUCCUUGGUACCUCAGGACAGCCUGUCACUAACAUUAUGAGAUACAGUGAAUUAGAAGACCCAGUAGACAUAUUAGAUAAAUGUAUUACCUGGGGACAUAUCGCUCCUACAGCUCCUGAUUCAUUGGGUUGCUAUCCAUUCUAUAAAGAAGAUCCCUUCAUAUUAACAAAGUGUCCACACAUAUUCUUUUGUGGAAACCAAUCUUCAUUUGGCAGUAAAAUUCAUAAAGGACCUAAUGGCCAAGAGAUAUUAUUGGUCAGUGUACCAAAAUUCUGUCAAACAGCCACAUGUGUUUUAGUUAACUUAAAAACAUUAGAUUGUCAUCCCAUGGAAUUCAACUCACAAUUUUCACAACCAAUGGAAACUGAAAGUCCUGAAGUUGACAAAUAAUACUUACCAUUCAGUUUUUGUGUUAUAUAAUAAAAUUAUGUACAUUUGUCA